ACAGUGUUAAGAUGGCGGGUAAGGCAAAGCUCUUUGAUUCCAACUGUAACUUUUCAUCUAACGUUAAUCGUAACGCGGACAGAUUUCAGUCCAGAUCGUUCGAUAAUUCAUUGAGGUUUAAGUCACCAUCAAAAGCGCAACAUACAGAAACGCAGGAUCAGAUCGGUCGCUGCUUUAAUAAACUGAGAUCACUGAGGCCCUCUGACAACCCAACUCUAAAAACUGAGCUUAAUUUACUAUUCGACCAGCUGAUUUCAGAAAACUACAUUAACAUCACUCAUGACAACAUUCCUACACAGGUUGUGUGUGAUCUGCUUGUGCACGCAAGCCGUCUGGUUCCUCUCAGCCAGGAGCAUCUGGUCAUCAAACUGUGCCAAUUGAUUCAUCAGCUUCUAAACCAACUGCAGGUAAUAGUGGAUGAGCAAACGCUUGAUGUUUUGGUGUCAUACUGCACUCGUGCUCUGAGGACAUGCAACUCCUGGACGCACCCAGAAGUGAUGCUCUCCCUCUCAUCACUGGUCUAUGGAAAUGGAUACAAAUGUCAGUGGCAUCUUCCAGAUCUUCUUGGAGAAGCUGGUGUUCUGGUGAGAUACGGUGAUCCUGUUCAGCCUGACAUGGAGCUGCGUCGCUCUGCUGUGCAUUGCAUAGCUAAUCUAUGCCUUAGUGUUUCUGGUCAGCCAUGUUUAGAGGAUCCGUAUAAAGGUGUAUGCUAUGGAAUCCUUCUGCGCACACUACAGUCCCCAAAACCGCCUAAUGUGGAGGAUAUCAUCUUCUGUACAUUAUUGCAUAGUGCUCUGAGAGGAAUGCAGUGUUUUCUUAAUGGGGGAAAAUGGAAAGCUGUGCCAAACCAGGAUCUAGGCACCUUACUGGCUGUAUUUAAAAGAUACAUGUUCCACGGGCUGCCGGGAAUAAAUGUGGAAAUGCCACCGGUGUUGUACCCAGCACCUCUUCCUCAGUACGAAACCCUUCCUGCUCCAAAACCUGAAUCCUCGCAAGACUCAACUGCUCAGAAAAAAACUACAGGGAACAAGAAACGUAAAUCUCGUGGGAAGGGGAAGAAAGCUGGAGCUGAGGGUACGAGGGGUGAGGAAGAUGGAGAGAGUGAAACUGGAGCAGGUGGUGUGGAUCACCCGUCAUGCAGUGUUUGGUCAACCGACAUGCAAUCACCAUGUGUGACUUCUCCAUCCAGAGUGACUCCACAUCUCCAGUCCUCCUGGGUAAAAGGAAGUUCUGACUCUGAAUUCUCCGACCCAGAGGGAGGAAUGCAAACUAAACUCAGGUUAUAUCAAGCGCGUGUGCGUCAGAGUGCGCUACAGUGUUUCCUAGGUGUUGUCAGAUGUGUUGAAAAACGUGUCCUCUAUGGCUACUGGUCAUCCUUUGUUCCUGAUGCUCCUGGGAUUGGAGGUCCUCCUCCUCUCACUCUCUUGACCAUUGCUUUGAAGGACCCUUCUCCAAAGGUGCGGGCUGGCUCGCUGCAGGUUUUGUCAGCUCUACUAGAAGGUUCACGACAGUUUCUAUCCACCGCCGAAGACACCAGCGCACCCCGCCAGGCCUUCACGCCUUUCUCUGCCACGUUAGCUGCCAGUAUCAGAGAGCUACAUCGCUGCUUACUGCUAGCGGCCCUCGCAGAGUCCUCAUACCAGACCCUCACUCAAGUCUUGAAAUGCCUUGCUCACUUGGUGUCCAGUGUGCCUUAUAACCGUCUAAGACCAGGACUGCUGAGUCCACUAUGGAAACAGAUCCGUCCAUAUGUGCGUCACAGAGAUGUGAACGUGCGUGUGUCCAGUCUCACGCUCUUCGGUGCAUUAGUGUCAACUCAAGCCCCUCUGCCUGAGAUCCAUCUGCUAUUACAUCAGCCUGGCUCCACGUCCAGCCACAGCACACCAGGCGUCACGACACCUCAGGAGCUGUCUCAAAAUUGGAGACAGCCGGUACGAAGAGAGGAAGAAACCUCUGCAUCUCCAGGAGGAGGAGCUGAGGGUGCUGUGGAGGGGCAGUGUUGGCUCCUGCAGUUGUGUGUGGCUCUGAUCACGCAGCCCCGCGAGGAACCCUGUUCAGAUAGUGAUGCUGGGGGGUCUGGUGCUGCAGCGCUCGAACCUUCACCUGUUCGACUUGAAGCACUGCAGGUUUUGGCUCAUCUGGUAAAGGCUUACUUCUCAUUGGUUCAGACGUCUCUUUUGGAGCUGGGUCAACUCGGCACCCGGUGUCUAACAGAAUCGGACCCUUCUGUACAACUGCACGGCACUAAACUUCUGGAAGAACUGGGGACAUGCAUUAUCCAGCACUACAGAGCUGAUGUUGAUACUCACAGUGCUAAACGUGUGCCAGUUUGCCAGGUGGUUCAGUUCUGGUCAGAGGUCUUGGGUGGUCCGCUGAUCGGAGCCUUACAAAAUGAGCAGCACCCCACCCUACAGACCAGUGCGUGCGACACCCUCUCCUCCAUCUUACCUCAGGCCUUCAGCCAGCUGCCCGAUAAGACACAGGUGCUGUGUAUCACGAUUCUGCUGGGACUGACGUAUAGCGACAACUCUCUGGUCAAAGCAGCGGCGGUCAGAGCUCUGGGGGUUUAUAUUCUGUUCCCCUGUCUGAGAGAGGAUGUGAUGUUUGUGGCAGACACAGCCAACGCCAUCCUCACUGCUCUAGACGACCGCUCGCCCAACGUCCGAGCAAAAGCCGCUUGGUCGCUCGGCAACCUUACCGACACACUCAUCGUCAACAUGCAGUCAGUGGGGCUGGAGUUUCAGCAGGAGUUCUCUGAUAUGCUGCUGCUCAACAUGCUCAGAUCGGCCACUAAAGCCUCGGGAGAUAAAGACAGGGUAAAGAGCAACGCUGUUCGUGCGCUGGGGAAUCUGCUGCACUUCCUGCAGCCGGGGCAUCUGGGUAAACCUGUGUUUGUUCAGCCUCUUCAGGAGGCCAUGAAGGCGCUCAUCGAUACGGUUAGAGGGGACGCUACCAUGAAAGUCCGCUGGAACGCCUGCUAUGCACUGGGGAAUGCUUUUAGAAAUCCCAACCUACCAUUUGGUACAGCUUUCUGGUCCACUGAUGCUUACUCUGCCCUAUCCCACGUUGUAACUUCCUGCAAGAACUUCAAAGUACGCAUCAAAUCCGCCGCUGCGCUUUCCAUCCCAGUGACACGAGACCGCUACGGAGACGCUUGCAUGUUCGCCGAGGUCUGGCACGCUUUGGCACAGGCACUUGAACAUAGUGAAGAAACUGAAGAUUUCCUUGAAUACCGUUACUGCGCUAGUUUACGCACCCAGCUCUGUCACGCUCUCCUACAUCUACUGUCUGUAUGCGGCUUUGAUGACCUUCCAGCAGUGAGGUCAUCACUGAAUGACCAAUCAAGACCAAUCCUAAAAGACUUCCUAGUUCGUUACCUUAGCGAUAAAGAUGUGGCUUUGGUUGCCGGGGGUGAUGGCGUUGAGGAGGAUGAAACAGAGGAUCACACAGCGACUGAAGAUGGAUUGAUGGUGCUCAGUGAGACAUUGAGGAGACUGAAGGAACUCCAGCGAGAGGCUGUGACGGACAGCAGUGAAGACCUGAUGACUGUGCUUGAUUUUCUGGAGGAUUUAGUGAGAGAUGCUGAGGUGAUGAAAGAAGCAGAUUGCAAAGUUUCUAUUUUUACACACAGCGAAGCACCACAGAAAACAAGUUGAGAUGAAAGAAACAAUCAGCUGUGAUAAAGCCGUAUGACAAGACUGUAUGACAUUUAAGACGGUCUUUUUUAACUUAAAUUAAAAACGAAUUUGUAUAUAUCGCAAUGUUAUUAAAACCAUGGACUACAGAUCGUUCACAAGUAGUACAUCAUUAAGACCCUAUAUACUGAAGCAACAUCAUUUUUGGCAAAUUGCAUUUUUAAUCCAUAAAAAAAUUUUUUUCUCUGUCCUCAAGAAAUUUCCUUGUGCCUUCAAAAUGAGGUCUCAUUUUGCACAUGUAAAAUAUGCUUUUUAUAAAAGGACACAAACUCUCAUUAAAAAAUCGUGUUCAACAUA